AUGGGUAAUAAUCAUGAAUCAUUCUUCUUUACACAAAAAAAUGACAAUCAAAUUUAUCACGUUAAUUUUAAAGAAAUUCCACAAAUAUUAGAAUUAGACGAAUUAGACAUGAUUGUAACUUAUCAGGUUCAAUCAUAUUCUUGCGUAUUUUAUCAUCACCAAAAUGAUAGCAAUAAAGUCUAUAAAAUAACAUGCGAAAAAGUCUCGCACGCUCUAAUUGUCGAAUAUUUAAACAAAAGCAUACAUGGCAUCGAAUUCAAGCAGAAUGAGCAACAUAAAGAAUAUUUAAAGUUUUCGAAUGAACAAAGAAAGAACCUGGAGUAUAAUUUGAAACAAUAUUUAUUUAAUUAUUUAACACCAAAAGUUAUUGAAAAGUCGAAUAUGAUUAAUAAAUUGUAA